AACAGUCACCACGUGAGAGCAGCAGAGCUUCUUUGUAACUUCCGUUCCGGCUCGUGUGACGUAUGCGGAAGCUGUAAGCAUCAUGUCCGUUUGUUUCAACUGUGAGCGCACUGCUGUUGUUAUUUAUGCUUCAGUCCGAACAAUUCAGAAAGUGUUCAGCUGAAGCGCCUGCGUCCAUAAUGACGUCCAUCGUCAACGACACGGCCGAAGCUGUGGAUCUGUGUCCGGAGUACAACCUCUACCUGAAGCCCAUCGCCAAAAUGACCAUCAGCGUGGCUCUUCCUCAUCUCAAGAUGCCGGGCAAGUCCAUCUCCAACUGGGAGGUGAUGGAGAGGCUGAAGUCCAUGGCGCAGCCGGACCAGUUCUCUUCGCUCCGCAUCUCCAAGAGCACCAUGGACUUUAUCCGCUUCGAAGGCGAGGUGGAGAACAAGAGCGUGGUUAAGCGCAUCCUGACCAAACUUGAGGGAAAGAGCAUCAAACUCAGUGGAUUCACGGACGUCCUGAAAGUGCGCACGGCCGAGAACAAAGCCGACUUCCCGACGCGCCACGACUGGGAUUCGUUCUUCCGGGACGCCAAAGACAUGAACGAGACGGUUCCCGGAGAGCGGCCGGACACCGUCCAUCUGGAGGGGCUUCCAUGCAAGUGGUUCGCACAGAAGGACGGCUCUCCCGACAAGCCUUCGGAGACGGUGCUCAAAACCGUUUUCGAGCGGUUCGGCAAGAUUCGGAACGUCGACAUUCCCAUGCUGGAUCCCUACCGUGAAGAGAUGACCGGGAAGAACUUCAACACGUUCUCGUUCGGAGGACACUUGAACUUUGAAGGAUACGUGCAGUAUCUGGAUCACACGGGCUUCGUCAAAGCCAUGGACUCUCUGAGAGGGAUGAAGCUGAUGUUUAAAGGGGAUGAUGGGAAGGCGGUGGCCUGCAGUAUCAAGGUGACCUUUGACACGACGAAACACCUGAGUGAUUCCUCACUGAAGAAACGACAGCAGGAGCGACUGAAACUCCAGGAGCUGGAGAAACAACGAGAGGAGCAGAAACGCAGAGAGAAAGAGGAAGAGGAGCGGCGGAAGGAGGAAGAGAGAAAACAGCGUGAGCAGGAGGAGCAGGAGAAGGAGAGGAGGAGGGAGGAGAAACUGCGCAAACGAGAGCAGAAGAUGAAGGAGAAAGAGGAGAAGAAGAACCAGAAGAAAAUGAAGAAGCAGCAGGAGGAAGAACAGAAGAAGCUGCACCUGAAGAUCGCCAUGGAGGAGAGGAAACUGCUGCUGGCUCAGAGGAACCUGGAGUCCAUCCGGCUCAUCGCCGAGUUACUGAGCCGAGCAAAGAGCCUGAAGCAGCAGCAGCUGGAGCAGCAGAAGGCGGAGCUGGCGCGGCUGCAGCAGCUGGAGGAGCGCAGACGGCAGCAGGAGGAGGAGCUGCGGCGCGUGGAGGCCGAGAAAGCACGCGCGCUGGAGCUCCAGAGGAAAGAGCGCGAGCUGCGCGACAGACUGCUGGGAAACCUGCUGAAGAAGAGCACCAACACAGACGGCCAGGACGAGAACGCUCUCACCUGCGACAACACCGUUAUCGACCUGGAUCUUCAGAUCUGCGACGCGCCGACGCAGGUGAACGGCAUGUCGCCCAAAGUGGACGAGAUCAAUCCGGCAUCCCUGGUGAAGCCGGACAACCAGGACAGCAAACCGAAGAAACAGGAGAACGUUGAGGAGCAGAAAGUCGCAGCAGACGGCGACAGACGUGAGCGCAGCAAUCACGCGCGGCGCCGCAGCAGCGGGAGGCGCAGUCACAGUCGAAACGGACGGAGGCGCGGCCGCGAGCGCAGCGGCAGUUACAGGAGGAGCAGGAGCCGAACGACGCGACACAGGCGUCACGGAGCGAGUCCGGAGCACCGCAGGAAGUACAGUCACGGCCCGAGCAGCAGCAAGAGCCGCAGCAGCAGCCGCAGUCGCAGAGGAAGCAGCAGCAGGAGUCGCUCAUCCAGUCGAGGACGUGGACGACACUCGCACCACCGGUCCAGACGAUACUGACGAUACUGAGAGAAACAGAAGAAGAAAAACCUACAGUGUGAGAAACACGUCCUGGUCACAUUCACCACAAAAUAUAAAGGAAAAUAAGAAAUUAUCUUUUGCAUAAAGAAAAUGAGGCCUGAUUUAAGAUCAAUAAGAUUUUAUUUUAACUUUCAUUAUUUUUCCCCUUUUCACCAUACACUUUUCAUAAUGAAAAUUAAACUUAUUUUAGGAUUUUUUUUUUUUUAAGAAUUUUUUUCCCCUUAAAAACAUGUAGUCAUUAAUUUAUAUAUAUAUAUAUAUGUAUUCAUUAUUUACUUUAUUUUAAUUUUUGCAGCAAAUUAUAUUUUUCAUAGAGAAAAGUUUUAGGAUCAAUAAGUUUUUAUUUUUAUUUUUCCUAGCAAAUAUUUUUUUUCCCAUAAACAUGGAGCCUGUUUUAGGAGUCGGACCAUUAAGAUUUUAUUUUUUUAUUUUUCCCAGCAAAUUAUAGUUUUCAUAAUGAAAAUUAGGACUAUUUUAGGAUUGUACUUUUUUAUUUUUCCCAGAUUUUUUUUUUUUUUUUUUUUCCCCAUAAAAGACAUGAAGCCUGUUUUAGGAUAAUUACGUUUUUAUUUUUCCAUUAUUUUUAUUUUUAUUUCACAGCAAAUUAUAUUUUUCAUAAAGAAAAUGAGUUUUAGGAUCAAUAAAAUUUUAUUUUUUAUUUUUCCUCGCAAAUAAUUUUUUUUUCCAUAAACAUGAAGUCUGUUUUAGGAGUCGGACCAUUAAGAUUUUUAUUUUUAAAUAAAAUAAAAAUUUUAUUUAAAGAUAAGGAUUAUUUCAUUUGAGCACAUUUUUCCUCAACUUUUCAGCGUAAUAUCUGUAAUGCAUCCAUAUAUUAUAUAUAUAUCCAUAUAUUUUGCUUUUUGAAUUUGAGAUUCUUAUUAGAUUCUUUAAAUUUUAAUAGUACAAUUUACUGAAUUGCAGCAUAAAUUAAAAGCAGUAUAAAAAAUAAACACCAUGAUGUAUAACUAAUAUAUUAUUACCUUUUUAUAUUAGUUUUAUUAAAAAAAAAAAGUCACCUACAAAACAAUCCCUAAAUAUUGUCUCUAAUUAGAGGUCUCAUUUUCUUUAAACAGAUAAUUUCUCUCUCUCUCUCUCUCUCUGUCUCUCUCUCUCGAUUUUAUGGUGAAUGAUGACCUGGACAUGUUCUUGAUCAGUUUGUAAGAUUCACUGCUUGAAUUAAACGCUACAGUAUCAUGACCUUAUUUGACUGUAUUUUUCCUGUUGGUAUCACGUUUUCUUGUUUAAGUUUGCCUUAUGAAGACUGAAGCUUUGUUAUAGUCUGUGCCACAGUUUUCUUUAGGAUUGUUUGGUUCAGCGUUAUUAUUCUCCAUAGACUACAAUCCUUGGUUUAUGACUUGAAUUUGACUUUGUUGAAAGAGUUUAUUAUCUGUUUAUUUCAAGCAUCUCAAUGCAGUUUUAUAUAGGACUCUCAACCUUUGUAGAAGUUGGAUGGAUAGCCGUCAUUUUUUAAUGGGGAAUCCAACUUUGUUUUCCUCGGCACAAGCACAGUACUUGAUUGAGGUUGAAAACGCACAUGUAAAGUCACUAUAGACUGUUUUAUGGCAGACGCGCCACUGAAGGACAUGUUUGUAAUUCGUAUUAACUCAAGUUACCUUCCUGGCAGGUCUCAAUAAAGCAGUGCUUUGGAUCCUA